AUAGGCAAUGAUCAGCAGUGAUCAAAUGGCAAAGAUGGCGCUGAUUUGUAUUAUGUCAAAUUUUUUAAAUUGAUUCCUUGAGCCUUAUUCAGUUUUGAGACAACGACCUGGCAAUCGAGUUAUCCGUUGCCAUUUUCACGUCACUUCGUGAUCGUGUCGCGAAUCGUGAACGCAAGUGGAGACGUGCGCGAGAGUCACGUGUAACAUUGCACGUAGGGCUUUUGCACUUAACCUAGACAUUCUACCUUGAAAAUCGCCGUUGACGAGAGUCUCAAUUGACGCUGAGGUAUCAUGAGUUUAUUUGAUGUUUUUGGAAAAAGAAAAUAGUCUGACUGAACGGUGACGAUAAAAUCAUUGGAUUAGCUGGUACUCAUUAACUUUAAUGUAUUAAAUACGGUGUCUCCGAGUUUUAUUGAAGUCUGACUCUGGAUUUACACUUGAUCGUGUUUAAACUUUAAACUUGAUUCUCUCUUGCAACUAUAAUUUCAUCACCCGCAAACUGGCGGAUACGUUGUUUAAUUGGAUGCAGUUGAAGUUAACGCCUGGCUAAAAUGCCGAAGAUAAGGACUAAGCAGACGCCAAACAGUCUCUGGUUAAGACAACGUGAACUUGGUGUAAAAUUUCCACUGGGCCACAGUGAUGAUUUUCACAAGACUCUUUAUUCAUCCGUACAACCCAUUACUUCGUGGGAUCAUGGGGAUAAUUUGACUGCCGCUAGACAUGGUGGCGUGUUUAAUUUGGAAUAUUCGCCAGAUGGAUCCCUCUUACUGGCGGCAUGUGAAAAGAAAAGUAUUUUAAUGUUUGAUCCUCUAUGUAGAAAAUUGAUACAUGCAAUAGACAAUGCGCAUAAUGACUGUGUCAAUUGCGUAAGAUUUCUAGAUCAACGUAUGUUUGCAACCUGUUCUGACGACAGCACAGUUGCUCUGUGGGAUGCCAGGAAUUUGAAGCAAAGAAUAAGGACUCUUCAAGGACACUCCAAUUGGGUCAAAAAUAUAGAAUACAGUCCGAGCGAUAGUUUAUUAUUGACUAGUGGGUUUGAUGGUAGUAUAUAUACUUGGGAUAUUAAUAGUUUUACAGAAAACAGUUUUGUAUAUACUCGUGUAUUCCAUACAAAUGGACUAAUGCGAACAAGACUUACACCUGACACUAGUAAAAUGUUAAUAUGCACGACUUCAGGAUAUCUCAUUGUAAUCCACAAUCUUAAACUUAGUACAUUAAGUCAGGAUUUGCAAGGAUUCAAGCCAAAUAUGUACAGAUUAAUGCAGCUAUCUCAAACCACCAUACCAGUUGCUGCACGUUUUACGCAUCUUUUUGCUCAUACACGUGCUCACAAUAGAGUUGAAUUCCUCACUGAUUUUCCCAUAGGUGACGAUGCCGAGGUAAUAUCCAGUUUACAAGUUCAUCCGCAAGGAUGGUGCGCUCUGUCGAGAAACGUCAGCAGUGGAGAAAAAUCGGAGUGGACAUGCAUUCACGAUAUACAAGAACGCGAGUCAUCAAGCAACAUGGAGCAAGUCAAUGAAGGAGAGGAGGGACGUUUAACGAGUCUGAACGUGGAAGAAUUCGAAGAAUUUCCGCAAUCGCAACAAUCGCGUUCGAUCCCUUCAUCAUUCAUAAUAGAAAAUACAAAUCGCACCCGAAUAAUACAUGACGUGUCGAACGUAAGAUCGAAUUCGUCGUUUGAUUCGCCUCUUCGCGUAUCCGCAGAUGCAGCACCGUCAUCGAUCAGACCGUCAAGAGUGGCAGGUUGGCAGGUAACUCGUAGAAAUCUACGAUCUCAAUCACGAAAUCCACGUGCAGAUAGAAAUACGGUGAGAACGAACUCCGAUAUCGAGAUAAACUCGAGUAGAAGCUCAGCUACAGACUCGAGAAUAAACACGAAUCAUAACGACGACGAGCCAGAAGAUCAGAAUGUGGAUUACAAUAACGACAACGCAUCCGUCGAUGAGAGAGAACGAGAGAACAGACCGUCUUCCAGGCCGCACUCUCAACUCAACGACCUGCGUCGUCGUAAUAUGCUCGAUAAUCUUUCCACUUUGAGAGGCAAUGUAGAAUUGCACGUCAGCACAACCGAUGUGUGGGAAGCGCUGGUUGCAAUCAGAGAAGCCAGACUUCGCCGGGAACGUGAAAGAGAGCUUUACCCCGGCACUGAGAGAAGAGACUGGCUUCCCAGGUCGAAUAACGGCAUGAGCGUGAAUAUUCCUCGUUCGUCUCAUACGGUUGUAAUAAUUGGCGAUCGAACUCGAGUACAGAAUUUGCAAAACCGACAAAAUCUUCCAACCAUGUACGCGAUACCGAGAAAUCACAAGAUUCAUCAGAACACACCGAGGUUGACGCAUUAUAUCGAGGAGCCCAAUGUCGGUUCCGGAUACAUAAAAGAAUUAUGUUUUUCGGCUGACGGUAGGUUGAUAUGCUCACCAUUCGGUUAUGGAGUACGAUUGCUGGCGUUCUCGAGCGACUGCGCAGAAUUGUCCAACUGUGUUCCGCCCGCCAACGAAUCUGUGCAACUUCAUGAAUUGGCAACACAUAUUGGUCAUUCCGAUAUUGUGGUUAGCACGAAAUUCUCACCUAAACACUAUCUGCUCGUGUCCGGUUGUCUCAGCGGAAAAAUCGUGUGGCACCAACCGGUGGUUUAGCUAAAUUCGUUAUUAUUUUAGAUAUGUUUUAUUGUGUAUAUCAAUUGGUCUCUUAAUAAGUAUAUAAACAUAUAUUUUUGCCGCUUUGUACGACGAUCACGCUGACAUAUGAUAUAAUAAAUCUUUUUGUUAAUUUUUUUAUGUACAUACGUAUAUAUAUACAUAUAUAUAUGUCUGUGUGUAUUUGAUGAACGUUAUUUAUAUAUUAUUCAUACAGUUAUGUAGAACUACACCUGUACAAAUUUAUACAAAAACAAAAUAUACAGUUGUUUUUUCACAUUUUCUCUAUUUGUAUAGUUAAACUUUUCUACCAUAUAUUUCAAUUCUAUCAAUUCCAUAUUUUUUUUAUUCUAAAAAAAAAUGAAGUUGUGCAAUAUAUUUAACUUGUAAUUUACGCUUCAGAGAAAAAAUUGCUAAGAGAAAGAGAGAAAGAGAGAGAGAGAGAGAACAGUAAAAAUAUAUGUUAAAUUAUACUAAAAAGCAAAAUUGACAAAUUUAUAUAUAUUGUGUGUACCUGUUAUAUACGAUGAAACUAUAUAUUGACGUAUAUAACAUUUGAUACCGACGUUAUAAUAGCAACAUUUUCAUUUGAAAACAGUUGUAAAAUAAUCAAUUUUAAUCUACAUUGCAGCUCUUUAUAAGAUUGACAUGGUUGAGAAUAUUAUGUUUUUCUAAUCAAUAUAUAUUAAAACUUUUGAAUGUUUACAACAAUUUUUAUCUACGAAAAAUAUACGCCAUAGGUAUAUAUUAGUACAGUCACCAUAUUGAGGUUGCGACAUAUAUACACAUAUAUAUAUAUAUAUAUUAUACAUGUAUAUAUUUGUGCAAUUUUUCGAUAUACAGUCAAACCUCAAUAACUCGAAUCUCAACGGAAGAGCUAAAAUCUUCGAAUUGUAGAGGUUUCGACUUAUCGAAGUUUCUUUCCUUUCCGCGGAGCGGAAGGGGAUGAACAAGAUUUUUGUUUUAUAGAAGUUUUCGAGUUAUAGAGGUUCGAGUUAUCGAGGUUUGACUGUAUUUUGAAGAUAAGAAUUAUAAAACAUGUUUUAAAGAGUAAUAAUAUUUAUUCAUAAAAAAAAAAAACAUGCUUUUUUCGCCCUUUCCGAUAAACGUAUCUGUAGCUAACUUGAUUGAAGAAAAUCACACAUAAUCGAAACAUUUACAAUAUAUGUAUGUGACAUGAAAAAUUUGAAAUUUACUCAAUCGACUCGUGUAUACUAUGUAGCAAUAUGCGAUACUAUCUAGAAAAGUCAUCGUGAUUAUUUAUACUUAAAUAAAUUUUGUCAUCAUGGAGAGCAUACAUAACUGUAUGUAAAAUCUGUACGUAUAUAUGAUCCAAGAACAUAGGUAGGGAUAAAUUGAAUAUUCAAAAAUCUAUUACAUUACACAUUUGUAUGAUUAAUAAGAGAGAAGAGACGGCAUAUCCUGUAAUAUAAAUGUGCAUGUAAAUAUGUUGUGUCGUAUUGUAUGUGUUAAGAAUAGCGAUUUUCACGUUUGAUGAAAUGUUCUAUCAUUUAGCUGUUCGAUAUGUAUUCUCUAUCUACAUAUAUAUGUAUAUAUAUAUCUACAUAUAUAUGUAUAUCGUGAAACUCUGAAUUACAAUCGGCAAUAUUGCAUCAGAUUAUGUCGUCAGCAGCGAAAAAUUACGAACAAACUUGUAACAAAUACUUAAAAAAAAAAAAAAAA